CGGCCGUCGCGAUGAUACUGUUGUCUGGCACGCUGUUGGGGACGAUCUCGGCGCAACGACGACAAGUUACCGACGGCAUCGGUGGCGGUACCGACGAAGACGAUGACAACUUUUAUGGCGAAUUUGAAGAAAAAAUUCUCCGGGCGUGGUUAGAAAAAUAUAUUGAAAGAUACAAUACAAACAUUCAAUCACCCACGAGUUCAACAAACAUACAACGUAUUGCAAAGAAAAUUCGAACGAGCACUUCAAAAAUUCCUAUGCUAGACGAUGAACAUAUCGCAACUCUGUCAAUCUACCCAUUCCUAGUAAACCCGUUUUAUCAACCAUCUAUAUACUCGAGUUACAUUCCAUUACCCUUUGAUGCAACAACGCAUAUACUUCCCGUUGGACAAAUACCGUAUCAAAAAAAUGAAUACCAUCAUCGAUUUUUAGGGCCUUUACAAACUCAAUUCCCAAUUGGGUAUACAAACGUCCCAGGAGUUAUGAGUUCAAUGCUAAUAAAUAACGAUCCUGAAAUUAAAAAACCAAUGAAUGUCCAAAAUUUCAUUUCCUCAAAUAAGCAAGAAGUGAUCCAGGAGCAUGACAAGGAAUUGCAUACCUCAGAACAAAUAUUAAACCAAUACCAAGAUGGUUUUAAUCACACAUCAGCGGUAGGACUCAACCUGGAUGAGCCGAAAAAAAUGUAUCAAAAAAAAUACGACAACAUUGAACAAUCGAAUUCAAAAAUGAAUCGAAAAUUACUUGACCAUAUUAUUGUGGAUGGUCUUCCAAACACCAUAACUGCAGUUAAAAAUCAAACGACAGAAUCCCACGAAAUUGGAGACCUUCAACCGUCAACUACUUUUAUUGAUUUCGAUACAUCUAAGCCGUUAGACACAAUUAAUUUCCCAAAAACAUAUCUAGUUUCUCCUCUGCCACCGUUGAGUAUAUCGAAUGAACCAAGUAAAUCUGAAAUAUAUAGCAACUCAGUCUCGCAGGUUCCAUUGAGCUCCGAUGAGUUUCUCAACCUGGCUCAAAAAAGCUCAACAACACAAGAAUCAUCUGCCACAAAACAACCUAAAACUACGGUUGAGACUUAUUCAUCAACAACCACCAGUGACAAAAAUCAAGAAGAUUCAUUGUUCGCUGAAAAAAGGAGCCAACCGGAUGAACCACAAAAUUCUCACAAUUAUUCAAACGACAAGUACACAUCUGAUAUUUUAAGAGCAUCAAUAACUAACAUAAGAGAAAUAUCAACAGAAAUAGCCAUAACAACACAAAACUCUGAAGUUUUAAAUGAAUCAUCUACACUUCCGACAACAACUACGACUUCAAUAUUUUCAACUCCAUUGUGUGAAAAUAACGACUCAAAAAUAUCAAUAUCCACCAGUGCGGUUAGAGAUAAAACAGUUGUACACUCCAAAUCAUAUAAAGUUCCAGUUCAAAUAAAUAUAAAUAGUGAAUCCAAUAAGAAAUUUAUAAAAGUUAGUAACGAACAGGAUAACAUUAUUGAUUUGAUUAGUUCGUCAACACGUCCAUCGGUAACUUCAGAAACGUCCAUAUUGCCGUUUACGUCUUCUAUAAUGUUACAAUCGUUACCACAACACUCUAAAUAUUAUUCUUCAACCAAAUUACCAAAUUUAAAAUCUAUUACUGAUGAAAACAAUACAAUUCAAACAACGAGUUCAGGUUACACUUCAUUUUUUCCAACAAAUCUACAACCACUAAAUAUUAAAAAUAUCACAACUUCAAUAUUAUUAGAAACUAAAACUGAGCAGACUCCACUGAUCACAUUGAAUUCCAAUGAGUAUAAUAAUAACAUUAAACAGAACGCCAAUAUUCCUAGACAUCAUUUUGAAUCAACUAGAUCAUUUUCAACACCGACAAUGUUUAUUCCACUGCAUGACAUUUUUAGCACUUUAAUACCUGUAAACAUUGUCCAAAAUAAUUUACCAUCUGAUGGAACUACGAAUUCAAAUAAUUACCAAAGCCGAAAUAUACCAACUUCAACUGAAAAAUCAAAUACGUACAAAGACCAUAAUAUUAAUAAUUACACCCCGACCACGACAAAAGGAACAAAAAAGAGCUCAUUGACACCAACAGUGAAACCAAUAAAUCAAUAUAACUCUGUUCACAAAAAAAUAAAUCUCGAUGUAGUCUCUGAUGAUUCAAAAUUUAGAAAAACAACGAAUAAUCAAGAUCGUUAUUUGACGGAAACAUCAAACAUUCCACAAUCUAUUGAAGAUUCAGAACUCUGGUAUGACCACAUGUAUCCUCAAAAUGAACUUAAAAAAGAAGCAAAUGAAAAGCAAAUACAUGUUUUGUUAAAAAAAAUUAUAAAAUUACUCAAACCAGAAAUUGAGAAACAAACUCUUACUAAAGAAAGCGUAGCGAGACUCACACCACCAAAACUUGGAGAUCCAGAAAAGUUUGUAUACAUUAUAUACCCGUGGAUAAUUGACGAGGCUAAAAACAUAGAAAACGAGGAACGAACAAAAACCAAUGCAAAUCCAAUAACAACUUCUGACAAGCUAUAA